CAUUUGGUAGCCCAGACAAUAAACUAAUUGACCCGUUUUUUUUAAAAAGACCCGCCACUGUUCACUCAAUUUCCUAUGAUAAUAAUCGCGAUUUCAACCACCGAUACUUUAACAUGCUCUGGGAGUUGUGCCAAUUAAUUGGUGGGGUUCAUUCUUACCCCUCUUUGAAACCAUUUUGAAAUUCAUUUUACAUCUGAGAGAGGGCUUCAUCGAGGGAGAGGGAGAGGGCUUCAUCGAAGAAGAGGACUUCGGCGAGAGGGCUUCAGCGAGGGAGAGGGCUUCAGCUGCAUCUGUGAAAAUCCACAAAUCGCUGGACGUCUCCGGUUUUGAAAUUGCUUGGUAGUCGUGCGUGGCUACUGAUACUAUCACAACGUUUUCAUCUUCGAUUCCAGCUCGUAGCUACAGCGGUUGGAGUUUGAUGGCGCGAAAUGUUUGCACAACCGCUGAAAUAAUCCUUGAGCUUGAAGGCAUACUCUCUCUUCUUCGUAUUCAAAUGAUUAUAAUCAUCCACCUAUAUUUAAAAAGGCGCCAGCUUGGUCGUCGUCAGCAGGGCCGUUUCACACGACCUUACUCUCUCGUUGAUAAAAUGCCUGCCCAAGUUAAACAUUUGAAUCGACUAGUACGUGUUUGUGAUGUUGAUUGCUUUGAUAAUCUGCGAAUGGAUAGAAACACAUUUGGUAAGUUGUGUAGACUCUUGAAGGAGUUGGGGGGGAUGAGGGAUGGAAGAUUUGUGACAGUUGAGGAACAAGUAGCUAUGUUUCUGGGAAUACUUGCACACCACAAAAAAUCUCGGAUUGUCCGGUUUGAUUUUAUGAGGUCUGGUUAUACGGUUUCCAAGUACGUCCAUGCUGUUUUACGCGCAUUAUUAGACAUUUACAAAAAAUUUUUGGCUAAGCCCGACCCCGUAACAGAUGACUCAACUGAUUCUAGGUGGAAGCAUUUCAAGGGUUGCAUCGGUGCUUUGGAUGGGACUUAUAUCAACGUCCUAGUGAGCAAUACGGACAAGCCUCGGUAUAGGACGAGGAAAGGGCAGAUAGCUACCAACACUCUUGCUGCUUGUGACAGGCAAAUGCGCUUCAUUUAUGCCUUACCCGGAUGGGAAGGUUCAGCUGGGGAUUCACGAGUACUUAAGGACGCUGUUAGUAGAGAAUAUGGCUUGAAGGUCCCAAAAGACAAUUAUUAUUUGUGCGACAACGGGUAUGCUAACAGUGAGGGUUUUUUGACACCAUACAAGGGUGUGCGCUACCAUCUCAAGGAGUGGGCAGUCGGGUCACAACGCCCCCAAAAUGCUAUUGAGUUGUUUAAUUUAAGACAUACGAAGGCACGCAACGUAAUUGAACGUGCCUUCGCUGUUUUAAAAAUGCGAUGGGGAAUCCUUCGCAGUGCAUCAUUUUACCCAAUUAAGAUCCAAAUCCGACUAAUUAUGGCUUGCAUCCUUCUCCAUAAUUUCAUCCGAGCAGAGAUGACCGAUGACCCUAUCGAACGUGAGCUCGACGCUAUACCCGAUACCAUCCCCUUGGAGGAGGACAACCAGGAUGUUGAGUAUGUUGGUAACGUUGAACCUUCAACUGAGUGGACACAAAUGCGAGAUGAGAUGGCAAAUUCUAUGUGGUUACAUGCUAAUGGAGGCGGGAACUGACACAGCUGAUAGUGUUCCAUUUUGGCGUUGUGGGAGAGGACAGAUGCGAGUGUUGUGUGCGGGGAAAAUUGUGAAUCAUGUUGGUCGUUACUUCUACAAGUGUCUAGGAAAUGUCAACCACCUGGGGUCCUUUAUGGGGAUCGUAUUGUUUCUAUUGGGUGUAAUUGUAGGGAAGCUAUUGUAAUUCCGUAUGAUAAGAUCGUGUAAUGCUUAUGUCUAUGUCUAAUAUUGGUUGUUGCUUGCUUCAGAUGGUCUUCAAACUACUUUGUAUUCCUUUUUUGUGAUUCAAUGUGUAAUGAACCACUUGAUUAGUUGAUUA